AUGGAUGGGCCCGUGGCUGGAUUGGUAAAGGGCAGAGAGCUCCAGUCCCACUCAGAUGCCAGCAAGGUGGAGGUGGAGUACUGGUUUGGGCUGGUGUUUGUCGGCAACGAUAAGUUAGAUUAUGUCAUACUUAAGCUGGAAACAGAGAAAGUGCCACCAGGGAUCCUUAAGAGAUUUGGGCCUGUACCUUCAGACGGCGAGGCCUGUGUCGUCGGACACCCAGGAGGAGGAGUGAAAAAAAUGAGUCCUACAUGCGUCAUCACGAAAGAGAGACGAGAGCAUGCUGAGAAUAAUGAAAAUUUAGAAGACUGCGAGGAAUUUUGCUGUCUUUGUGAAAUCAAUCCGCAGAUCAAAAAUGACCCGUAUGAAAAUAUCUACGUCACCUACAACACUCUCAUGUACCACGGCUCUUCCGGCUCCCCGGUUUUCGAUGCCGACGGACGAGUGUUUGGUUUGCACAGUGGCGGGUUUUUCUAUGGGUUUCCGAAUCUUAGCGAGAAUGUGAUUGAGUACGCCUUUCCUCUGCUCACUAUAUUUGAAAACUUUGUGGAUAAUCUGAAGAAAGAUGAGUAUGGGGAGGUGUUGAAAAGAGCUGAGGAGGAGGCAAAGGGAAAUCCUCACCUAGAAAACGUUAUAGCCUCUGUUGUGGGGUCAAAGCAAGGAAAACCUGACGCGUUGUAG